CGGAUGAGCGCCGGUGCCGGCUCGCGCUCAGUCUGGCGGGUGGCGGCGCCGGCUGGUUGUGCGGCGCGAGGCCCGAGCCCCGCAGUCGCCGGCCCUGUCGCUUCCCGCAGGAGCGCGCGUUGCGCGUCCCUGCCCCCGGGAAGGCCGGCCCGCUAGGGGCUCGCGCGGCCGACGCAGGACCGGCGGGAGGGAGCGCGCGCGGGCGGCCCCGCCCCUCCCCCUCCGCCGCCGCGGAGCGCGCAGGGAGCAGCCAGGGGCUCGGCGGCGGCGGCGUCUGGCCCCAGCUCCUCCUCCUCCUCCUCCUCCAUCUCCUCGCUCCCUCCAUCUGCCGUGGGUAUGGCCCGUCGCUGGAGCACAAAGGAGUCUCCGCGGCGGGGGUCGGCGUGGCUCUUGCUUUUCCUCGCUGGGGUGUACGCUUGUGGUGAGACUCCAGAACAAAUUCGAGGGCCGACUGGAAUAAUCACGAGCCCAGGCUGGCCUUCAGACUACCCCGCCAAGAUCAACUGUAGCUGGCUCAUACGGGCAAACCCAGGGGAGAUCAUUACUAUAAGUUUUCAGGAUUUUGAUAUCCAGGGGUCCAGGAGAUGCACUUUGGACUGGCUGACAAUAGAAACAUACAAGAAUAUUGAAAGUUACAGAGCUUGUGGGUCCACAAUUCCGCCUCCGUAUAUCUCUUCACAAGACCACGUUUGGAUCCGGUUCCACUCAGAUGACAGUGUGUCCAGGAAAGGCUUCAGGUUGGCGUAUUUUUCAGGGAAAUCGGAGGAGCCACACUGUGCCUGUGACCAGUUCCGCUGUGGCAAUGGGAAGUGCAUUCCCGAAGCCUGGAAGUGCAACAGCAUGGACGAGUGUGGAGAUAGCUCUGACGAGGAGGUCUGUGUCCAAGACGCUCACCCCCCAACAACGACCGCAUUCCAGCCCUGCGCCUACAACCAGUUCCAGUGUCUGUCCCGCUUCACCAAAGUUUACACUUGCCUCCCUGAGUCCUUGAAGUGUGAUGGCAACAUUGACUGCCUGGACCUGGGAGAUGAGAUCGACUGUGAUAUGCCGACAUGCGGGCAGUGGUUAAAAUACUUCUAUGGAACUUUUAGUUCUCCCAACUACCCCGACUUUUACCCUCCUGGAAGUAACUGCACCUGGCUGAUAGACACUGGCGAUCAUCGGAAAGUCAUCUUACGGUUUACUGACUUUAAACUCGAUGGUACCGGAUAUGGUGAUUAUGUCAAAAUAUAUGACGGACUGGAGGAGAAUCCUCGCAAGCUUUUGCGAGUGCUAACUGCUUUUGAUUCUCACGCUCCCCUGACAGUCGUUUCUUCCUCCGGACAGAUAAGAGUGCAUUUUUGUGCUGACAAAGUGAACGCUGCCAGAGGCUUCAAUGCUACUUACCAAGUCGACGGCUUCUGUUUGCCGUGGGAAAUACCCUGUGGGGGUAACUGGGGGUGUUACACAGAGCAGCAGCGCUGUGAUGGCUACUGGCAUUGCCCAAACGGAAGGGAUGAGAUCAACUGUACCAUGUGCCAAAAGGAAGAAUUUCCAUGUUCUCGGAAUGGUGUCUGCUACCCUCGUUCUGAUCGCUGCAACUACCAAAAUCAUUGUCCAAACGGCUCUGAUGAAAAAAACUGCUUCUUUUGCCAGCCAGGGAAUUUCCACUGCAAGAACAACCGCUGUGUGUUCGAAAGCUGGGUGUGUGACUCACAGGAUGACUGUGGGGACGGCAGCGAUGAGGAGAGCUGCCCGGUCAUUGUGCCCACCCGAGUCAUAACAGCAGCCGUCAUCGGGAGCCUGGUCUGUGGCCUGCUGCUUGUCAUUGCUCUGGGCUGCACUUGCAAGCUCUAUUCUCUAAGGAUGUUUGAGCGGAGAUCAUUUGAGACCCAGUUGUCACGAGUGGAAGCAGAGCUGCUGCGAAGAGAGGCUCCUCCCUCAUAUGGACAGCUGAUCGCGCAGGGCCUAAUCCCUCCGGUGGAAGACUUUCCUGUCUGUUCACCUAAUCAGGCUUCAGUUUUAGAAAACCUGCGGCUAGCUGUCCGAUCUCAGCUGGGAUUUCCUUCUAUCAGACUUCCUAUGACAGGCAGAUCUCGAAAUAUUUGGAAUCGUAUUUUUAACUUUGCAAGAUCUCGUCAUUCAGGGUCGCUGGCUUUGGUCUCAGGAGAUGGAGAUGAGGUUGUCCCCAGCCAGAGCAGCAGCAGAGAGACUGAAAGGAGUCACCCUCACAGAAGCUUGUUUUCCGCGGAGUCUGAUGACACAGACACAGAAAAUGAGAGAAGGGAUACGGCGGGAGCAUCUGGUGGGGUUGCAGCUCCUUUGCCCCAGAAAGUCCCUCCCACAACUGCGGUAGAGGCCACAGUGGGGACAGGUGGGAACUCCUCAGCUCAGAGCACCCGAGGUGGCCACGCAGAUGGAAGGGAAGUGUCAAGUGUGGAAGCCCCAAGUGUGAGCCCAGCACGUCACCAGCUCACAAGUGCUUUAAGUCGAAUGACUCAGGGCCUGCGCUGGGUACGCUUUACUUUAGGUCGAUCAAGCUCCACAAACCAGAACCGGAGUCCUUUGAGACAGCUUGACACCGGGGUGAGUGGAAGAGAAGACGACGAUGACGUUGAAAUGCUAAUUCCCGUUUCUGAUGGAGCUUCGGACAUUGAUGCCAAUGAAUGCUCCAGACCUCUUCUUGAUCUUGCCUCAGACCAAGUACAAGGGUUUAGACAGCCACACAGUUCAGGAAACCCUGGAGCGAGAACAAGUAACCGGGACGGCCCCUGCGAGCGCUGUGGCAUUGUGCACACGGCCCAGAUACCAGACACUUGCUUAGAAGCGGCAGUGAAAACUGAAGCGUGUGAUGACGAGGCUUUGCUGCUGUGUUAGGACAGAAUGGACAGACAGACUGUGUGCAAGCUGGAGCAAUAGCCACCCAUUGUUUUGUAACUUUACAAUUAAACUAGUUUUAGUUUAAAAGAUGCAGGGUGAUUUCUUAUUAUACGUUAGCCUGCAUGGUUAAAUUUAACAAUGUCUAACUCUAGGAGCUAGAGUUUACUGUUUUAGCAGCUACAAAUGCAUUAUGUAUCCAUGUUCUUCCAUUUCCUUAUACUUGGUUUUGUUUUUGUUUUUUUAAUCCUGGUACUUCAGUUUAAUAGUAGAAAUAUGGCUGCUUUAAUUCAUGUAACUGUCGUUUUAUCUAUCUUAUGUUAAAAGGUUUGCUUGUACAAAAAGGUACCUUCUUUUAAUUGAACCUUUUUUGCUCUUUGUCAUCAUGUAGUUUAUUAUACUGGAUGCUAAGGUUGUUGAUGUACAAAAGAGAAAACAGUAUAGCCCCCUCUUUGUUUUCCUAACAUUGUCUGCUAAUAGAUUUCAUCAUACGGACCUGUCAAGGGAAAAGAAACUCCUUUUACGUUCAACAGGCAGUGAUGUAAAAGUUACGUAGAGUUAGAGCAAUUGCUGUCAGGAAGCAAAACUUUUAUAGAUUUUUCUAAUGCUGACUUUAAUACUCUGGUAUGGUUCAGACCAAAUGGUGAAAUCGCAGUGCAUUUCUGUUUUCAUCUCGAUUUAGGGGCAGAAGUAAGCGGAUGAAGAUACUCUACUAUGCAUAACACUUUGAACUUUAUAAAAUACGUACAGAAUUGUGCACACUCAGCUCUAACACGGGGGAAUGUCGGCCUGAGUCGGACCCUAGGGAUCCGCACUACCGUCCUGCCGAGGUCUCAGGUGAGCUGAGCAGGCACUGUCACGGCAGGUCUGUCGUCGCUGCCACAGUGACUCUUUCUCCAUAGCUUUGGGGUGGGGGCCAUUUUUAUUACAACUUGAAAUUGAUUUGCUGGUUUCAUAUUUAUUUGUUGUAUUUAAAAACUGCAUUAUUGUAAGAGUGAUUUUUUCCAGGAUAUUUUAUUCUUGUGGGAGGGGGUCAAUGCUAUAAUCUUGAAGAAAAGCAAAUUAAAUUGUUCAGACUGUCCCCCUCUUUAAGUAGAGUGAAUUACAACCCCCAUUUAUUGUUCUUUAAUUGUUAAUUCUUGUUUAUUUAUUCUUAGCUGUCUGUUUUAGCAGCUUAAUGAUUGGGUAUGAAAAUGUGUCUGUGUGAUUAUUGCUAUUUAUUAUAUUUUGAAUACUUUGCUGAAUGUCAUUUUAAAGCAUGUUUGAGGUCUUGUGUAUCUGUCCUGUUAUGCUGUCAGGAAGACCUGACUAAAAUGUUUUAAUAUGUAUAAAAAAAUUAAAAUAAUUUUUUAUUGCCUUGA